AUGGCUCGAGCUCCUACUGGCAGAGAAGCUGUUCUCGCUGCUCUCUCCGACGUUGUCACCGUCUCGCCGACCUCGGCGGCCGAUCCUUCCCGCCCAGACCGGUACGAGCCUUCGUUCUCCUACAGCGGCGCACAGCCCAUGCCCGUCACGGAGCCUCCUCCCAUGGUGCCCGCCAGGAGCCCUUUUGAAAACAACAACCUCCCCGCACCACCGCCUCCCCCUGCCAAGAGCGGCAUGGCCGGCAAGUUCGCCAACGCCUUCAGGAGGCAGACGGCCGAGGAGAAGGAGGCGAAGCGCAAGGCAAAGGAGGCGCGCAUGCACGAAGAGAUCAACAAGAGUGCGGCAAAGUCGAGCAGGAUGGACGUCAUUGACCGCCUUGACCUCAGCGGAAUUAACGGCGCUAGCAUGUUCCACCACGACUCGCCAUAUGACGCCUGCACGCCCCACAUGAACCGGGGCAAGCGUGCCCCAGUCAAGGCGUUUGAUCCCAACAUCGACCCGAUGACUGGCCUUCCGUACCGCAACGGAGCCAACGGCGGCAGGUCGGACGGUCGUCGCGGACCAAGCCCGCUGGCAAAGAACAAGGACCUCGAUGACGACGACGAAAAGGCCGGUGGCUCCAGCAGCCGGCCGAGCCUGAGCACCAACGGCAGCCGCGGCGGUAGGAGGAGCGCCACGGCGCCGAUGGUCCCCUCGCUCGGCCGAGAUGCGCAGGCUUCGACGGCAGAGCUCUCUCUCGCAGACGACGACUACGCGCCCGAUGCCGACGUCGAUGCCGAGCGCGAGUGGAGGGCCAACCAGGGCUACCAUACGCAGCCGUCCGCGGUGCCCGACUCGCGCCUCGACGUGAGCAACCCCAACGCCGACGUCUGGGGCGUCACGGCAGAGCCCUGGCAGGACUUUGCGCAGCCAAAGCAGCGGGAGAAGGGAUCGCGAUCGCUGCUGAGCCCUCACGGCGCCGGCGGCGCCUACAGCGGCACCACCAGCGCCGCCAGCAGCGUGUUUGACAUGGAGGCCGUCAUGACGGGCAAGAAGCCCGCCAGGACAGAGGAUGAGCUGGCUGCCGGAAGCGCCAGCCCCUUCCCGGAGCCCAAUUGGCAGGAGAAGAACGGCGCUUCCGACGGCCCCAAGCGCAGCAAGAGCCUGAUGAAGAGGAUCAAGAGCAUGAAGGAGAACCCCAACGUGCCGCCCCCCGACGACGGCGUCGAGAUGGGCGCCCUCAACGGCAGGCGCAGGAGGGGCCAGGCGCACCGCCACUCGCCCAGCACGCCGCCGAUCCGCACCGACGGCUUUGCGGCACAGAGCAGCAGCCGUGCCGCCGCCGAUGCUGCCGUGGGGCUCUCGCCCGGGGAAUACUCGGGCCGAGGCACGGGCACGCCUCUGGAUCGUCACGCCGAGGAGGCCGGCGACAGCAAGGCCACCCCCCGCAACGAGACCGACACGCUCGGCUACUUUGGAGGCGAGAGGAACGAGCGUCCCGGCCGAUCGCCCGGCGAGGGCGGGCUCGGUAGGAGCGGAAGCAUCUUUAACAAGUUCAAGCGCGGCGGCAAGGCGUCCAAGUCGUCGGAGCGCGAGUCAGUCUACGCCUGA